CCUGACUCCGCGGCCCCCCCUCGCCCCCAUGCCCGCGCUCUCCUCCAGGGGGCUCUGCCCUUUGAUGAUGACAACCUGCGGCAGCUGCUGGAGAAGGUGAAGAGGGGCGUGUUCCACAUGCCGCACUUCAUCCCGCCGGACUGCCAGAGCCUGCUCAGGGGCAUGAUCGAGGUGGAGCCGGAGAAGAGGCUCAGCCUGGAGCAGAUCCAGAAACACCCCUGGUACCUGGGAGGGAAGCCAGAGCCCGAGCCCCGACUAGAGCCGGCCCCUGGUCGUCGAGUGGCCAUGCGGAGCCUGCCCUCGGGCGGGGAGCUGGACCCUGAUGUCCUGGAGAGCAUGGCGUCCCUGGGCUGCUUCCGAGACCUGGAGCGGCUACACCGGGAGCUACGCAGCGAGGAGGAGAACCAGGAGAAGAUGAUCUAUUACCUGCUUUUGGACCGCAAAGAGAGAUACCCAAGCUGUGAGGAUGAGGACCUGCCUCCCAGGAAUGAUGCCGACCCUCCCAGAAAGCGGGUGGACUCCCCCAUGCUGAGCCGCCAUGGGAAGAGGAGGCCGGAGCGCAAGUCCAUGGAAGUCCUGAGCAUCACGGACGCAGGCGGUGGGGGCGGAGGCUCCCCUGUGCCCACCCGCAGAGCCCUGGAGAUGGCCCAGCACAGCCAGAGAUCCCGGAGUGUCAGCGGCGCCUCCACGGGACUCUCUUCCAGCCCCCUGAGCAGCCCCAGGAGCCCAGUCUUCUCCUUCUCCCCAGAGCCCGGGGCCAGUCCUGCGGAGGAGGCCCGGGCCGGAAGCUGCCCGUCACCAACACCCAAGACUCAGACGCUGCCAUCUCGGGGUCCCCGGGGUGGGGGGACGGGGGAGCAGCCACCACCCCCCAGCGCUCGCUCUACACCCCUGCCUGGAUCCCCCCGCACAUCCCCGGGGGCCGCGACGCCUCCGCCCUGCUCCCCGCGGGCCAGCCCCACUGGCACACCAGGAACCACCCCCCCUCCUAGUCCUGGGGCCGGGGGAGGGGUCGGGGGUGCUGCUUGGAGGAGUCGCCUCAACUCCAUCCGCAACAGCUUCCUUGGCUCCCCCCGAUUCCAUCGGCGCAAGAUGCAGGUCCCCACAGCAGAGGAGAUGUCCAGCUUGACCCCGGAGUCAUCCCCAGAGCUGGCGAAGCGCUCCUGGUUUGGAAACUUCAUUUCCCUGGACAAGGAUGAGCAGAUUUUCCUGGUGCUGAAGAACAAGGCUCUAAGCAGCAUCAAGGCUGACAUCGUGCACGCCUUCUUGUCGAUCCCCAGCCUGAGCCACAGUGUGCUGUCCCAGACCAGCUUCCGGGCUGAGUACAAGACCAGCGGCGGCCCCUCCGUCUUCCAGAAACCCGUCCGCUUUCAGGUUGACAUCAGCUCGUCCGAGGGCCCAGAGCCCCCUCCCAGGCGGCGGGAGCGGGAUGGCGGCGGCGUCUACUCGGUCACCUUCACACUCAUCGCCGGUCCCAGCCGCCGGUUCAAGCGCGUGGUGGAGACGAUCCAGGCCCAGCUCCUGAGCACCCACGACCAGCCCUCGGUGCAGGCACUGGCAGAUGAGAAGAAUGGGGCUCAACCAAGGUCCCCUGCCAGCACCCCUUCCCGAGGGCUACAGCCCCCACCAGGCCGGUCUGAGCCCCCCGAGCUGGGCGGUUCCCCUCGGCGUGGGCCACCCCCCAAGGACAGGAAGCUGCUGGCGGCCAGUGGGAGUCCCCAGCCCUGAUCUCCAUCCCCCUUUCCCCCCUACAUCCUGGACCCCAGCCCCCAUUCCCCCCCCUCAGGGGUCACUCUGGCCACAGAUCCCUCAUCCUCCCCACCUCCCCAUCAACCCCCACAACUGUGAAGCUGUAAAUACGGCCGGGGCAUGGGGUGGGGGCCCAGGGGU